AUGGACAAGAAAGAGAAGAAGAAUGACAAGAAAAAGGGACUUAGCCCUGUUAAACAGAAGAAAAACGACAAUAAAGAGAAUGACAAAAAGAAGAAUAUACAAGAAGAAGAAGUAGAGGAUGAGGACGAGGAAAAGGAAGAAGAAGAAGAAGAACAAGUUCACAAGCCAACGAAAAAGGAAGCCAAUCAAAAAUCUAGGUGUAGUCCAAAGACGCGCGGUAAGCAACAGAAGCAACAGAGGCAAGUGGCAAAAAGGACAACAGUGAAGACGCAAAAGAAAAAGGGGAAGAAAAAGGUCAAGAAAGAGGUCAAGGAAGAGGUUAAACCUAAGCCUAAACAAAUUCAGUACAGGUCGAGUUUUCAAAGUUUUGUGAAACUCUUGAAGGACAUAAAGUUCACAACUCUCCAUAAAGAGAAGAUAAGAAAAACGCCAUUUGCUAAUCUUAUAUUUGCUCUGGUUGAUGAGAGCUUGACUGAGGCGUACCUGAGGAAAAGCGACCUGCAUGCUCUUUCACUGAUAAGACGAUAUGAGGGAUCGGGAGGGAGGUUCAACCUAGGAACUAAAUCAGUCAAGAUAACAGCACAAGAGUUUGCACUUGUAUUCGGCAUCCCGUAUGGGCCCAACCGAAUUAAACCAACAACAAAACCAAGGAUGCCAGAAACAAGGUUUGCUAAUGAAAUCUGUGUUCGAGGAGGUAGGAUAAUGACGAAUUCAAGUCUGAAAGAAUACUUCCAAAAAGCUGUGAAGAAAAAGGAUGAAGAAAGUGCAAACGACGUAGCACGUGUGCUAACACUGUAUCUUAUCUCGACAGUGUUUCUCCCAAGCACAGCUUCAAGGGUGAGCUGGAAUUUAAUCGAGUUCAUUGAAGACUUGGAUAGGAUCAGCUUCUAUGACUGGGCAACAUUCUUUACGGAUGAGCUCAUAAGGCAACUGAACGACAAUAUGGAAACACCGGCAUCAACCGGGGGCUGCAUAUCAGGGCUCCUGUAUUGGUUCUGUGAGCACGUGAAAUUGGUAAGCCAAGGAGAUCCAACAAACUUCCCGAGGUUCGUCAAGUGGAGGCUUACCGACCUUAGUGUUGGUUUGGCAAAUAACCCGUUGGAUGUUCUUGAUCCGUUAAUCGUGAACGACUCAAAGUUGGAGGCAACGGAAUUGGAGAAAGAGAUGCUUGGAUUUGUUGAGGUGCCGGAAGAUGAUCAUGUGAAGCCAGAAGAUGGUGAUGACCCAGACCAUGAUGAUGCAAAUACAGAGCUUCAAAAAGAAAAUGAAAUCCUCCGAGAAAAAAUCAAAAGGUUGACCGAGGAGAAUGAGCAAAUCAAAAGGUUGACCGAGGAGAAUGAGCAAAAAGAUGCUACAAUUGCCCAGCUUCAGAAAAGAAUUUCAGAGCUUCAAGACGAGACAUAUGAGGAAACAGUUGCUGAACUCAAUUUUGAAGUGGAUACUGCUCAUGUUGAGAGGGAUUUUUUUGUGAAAGAGGUUGAGCAUAAGGAAGUUGAGAUCUGCAGCGUGCUCGUAGAGAACGACAUUAUAGCUGAAAAGCUAGAAAGAGCAGAGGGAACCAUUGACGACAUAGAGACACAUAUUAUUACCCAACAAUUCAAGACAAGUGAAAGUGUGGAAGAAGAAGAAGAAGAAGAAGAAAAAGAAGAAGAAUGUGGUCCUGAGCAUCAAAUGGUACCGGAUGAAGAAGUGGAAAGGACAACUAUUGAAGCUUUCACGGGUGUACUAGCUGAAAACAGUCCAAAACCAACCAAGAAAAAGAGGAAACAGGUGGACCCUUCAUCUCUUGUACAGAACGUGAAAAAUGAGACAAGAAUAGAGAAGAGGGAGGAUGGUUUCGUCUAUGAAGACCUAAAGAAGGUAAAGAAGAAUAAACAGGAGGAGAUGGAUGAUGUGAUACCAAAAUGGAAAGUUGAAAAAACAAAAUUGGGUAAAUUGCUGGAAGAAGAAGACAAAGCGUUGCUGAAUCUGUUUUAUGACCUAAACCAGGGGCAAGUGAAUGAAGAAGUCUGGACAGACAACGAAACAACUUAUACCAUAACUUUCAAAUCAAUAAUAAAGCUUUUGGAUGAACUAGACAUGGGGAACGAGGUAAUAGACGGGUACACAUCAAUGCUGAAAAGGGAGCAGGAAGUUAAACAACUGAUGCAAGGAAACAGUGCGUUCUUCACAUCCACCUGCUGGGUAAGUACAUUGCCCUUUGCCCACAACAAAACACUGUUAUGUUCACACUGUUUUGAUGUCAUUAUUUGUUCAUGUCUGUGCUAUACCAGAAAUGCAGAUUUUCACAUAUGUUUGUGUUUAUCUAACUAACAUACUUUAUUCCCACAGACACUUAUCACAAUGGCAAACCAGUCCCCCAAAAAGUUUCUCAUUGAUAGCAAACUUGAACAACUCUACAACGAAUUACAUGACAGGAGCUUAGAUUACUUUCGGUACCUUGUUUUCCCGAUGAACUCUUCAGGAAAUAAGACGAACAAAAACAGUCCAUAUCAUUGGACUCUGCUUGUUUAUGAUAUGCAAGAGCAAGAAUGGAAGCAUUAUAAUUUAUUGAAACCAAGAAAGAAGGAGAAAUCAGGCGACCCUUACCUCAAAGAUGCUGCAAUAGUG